UUCUCUUCAUCUUUCUCCUCCUCCUCUUAUUUUCCUUAUCUACCUUCUCUUCUCCUUCUCUUCCUCCUCGCCUUCCUUCUCAUCCCCUUCUCCAUCUCCUCUUCCUCUUCAUUCCCGUCCUUCGCCUUCUCUUCAUCCUCCUCUCUUUCCCCUCCAUCCCCUUCUCUUCCUCUUCUUCCAUCUCUUCCUCUUUUUCCUCCUUCCCCUCGAACCCCUUCUCUCCUCGUCUUCCUCUUUCUCUCCGUCUCCUUUUCGCCUUCCUUCUCCAUCUCCUCUGCAUUCCCGUGCUUCACUUUCUCUUCAUCCUCCUCUCUUUCCUCCUCCAUCCCGUUCUCUUCCUCCGUCCCCUUCCCCUCCUCCUCCUCCUUUCCGGGAUGUACAGCUCGGCGGCGCUGAAGACGCUGGAGGACCUGACGCUGGACUCGGGCUACGGGGGCGGCGCGGGGGACUCGUGCCGCUCGCUGAGCCUCUCCUCCUCGCGCUCGGCCUCGCAGGCCUUCCUGGCGCCCUCCUCCUCCUCCUCCUUCUCCUCGGCGCAGCAGCCCCCGCGGCAGGGCAACCGGUGGCGCCGCCGACGCUCCUCGGGCUCCGCGGCCAGCCGCCACAACAGCUGGGACACCGUCAACCCGGCCGCGCUGCCGGAGGAAGAGGCGGCGGGGGGCCAGCGAGAAGACGAGGAGGAGGAGGAUGAAGAAGAAGAGGAGGAGGAGGAGGAGGCCGCCGAGGCCGUCUUCUCCCGCUGCGCCCGCCUCCCGGACCUCGAGGACUUCCCUUGGACGGACGAGGAGGUGGCCAAGGUCCUGCGCAAAGGGAGCCCCGGGGGAGACGGCGCUGGCUGCGGGGGCUUCAGCGCGGAGGCGGUGCGGCGCCUGUCUUGGCUGCUGCGCCGGCCGCUGGUGCGGAUCGCGCGCGAGGCGCAGCGCCUGGGCCUGCUGCACGCCAAGUGCACGCGCGCGGGGGUCCAGAGCGCGGCCCGGCUGAUCCAGAGCUGGGCGCUGGCCGAGAGCUGCCUCCUGGCCUCCGUCCGCGCCCUCUCGCUCUACAGCAUGAGCGCCGGGGAAGGGCUGCGCCGGGGCACCUCCGCCCGCUGCGGCCUCACCUUCUCCGUGGGGCGCUUCUUCCGAUGGAUGGUGGACACCCGCGUCGCCGUCCGCGUCCACGCCUACGCCGCCAUCGCCCUGGCCGCCUGCCUCGAGAACCUGGCCCGGGAGGUCCAGGCGAGGGUCGUGGCCGCGGCAGAAGGGGCCUCCAGGACCCACGCCCCCGAGGCCCUCUCCGCAGAAGCCCUCGAGGCCGCCGUCAACAACGACGCCGAGCUCUGGGGGAUCCUCCAGCCCUGCGAGCACCUCAUCUGCGGGAAGAACGCCAGCGGAGUGCUUUCUCUGCCAGCGUACUUCAGUCCUUAUAAUGAUGGAUCCAUAUGCAGCAAUGGAAGAGCAGAUGCUUACGCUCAGCUGGAACUUCGAACUUUAGAACAAUCUCUCCUGGCAACUUGUGUUGGAAGCAUCUCUGAACUAAGUGAUCUGGUCUCUCGAGCAAUGCAUCACAUGCAGUGUUUGAACACGUUGCGUCCUGGCAUGAGUCCUGUUCGACAAACCAGGCAGCAGCAGCAGCCCAUCACAUGGUCCCCUGAUGCGCUUCACACCCUCUAUUACUUUUUACGCUGUCCUCAAAUGGAGUCCAUGGAAAACCCCAACCUGGAUCCACCAAGAAUGGCUCUGAACAAUGAACGGCCCUUCAUGCUUCUGCCUCCAUUGAUGGAAUGGAUGCGAGUCGCUAUAACGUAUGCUGAGCACCGGCGCAGUUUAAUCGUGGACAGUGAUGACAUUCGGCAAACAGCCAGGCUACUCUUACCUGGUUUGGACUGUGAACCUCGGCAGCUAAAACCUGAGUGCUGUUUCAGUUCAUUCCGGAGAAUGGAUGCCAAGGCUGCUACUGAAAAAUUCCAGCAGGAUCUGGGAUUUCGAAUGCUGAACUGUGGAAGAACUGAUUUGAUCAACCAGGCUAUAGAAGCAUUGGGACCUGAAGGGGUUAAUACAAUGGAUGAUCAGGGUAUGACUCCACUCAUGUAUGCCUGCUCCGCGGGAGAUGAAGCUAUGGUCCAGAUGCUUAUUGAUGCUGGAGCAAAUCUAGAUAUACCAGUCCCUGGCAGUUCAUCUCGAUACCCAUCAGUUCACCCUGAUAGCCGACAUUGGACUGCACUCACCUUUGCUGUGUUACACGGACACAUUUCUGUAGUUCAGUUGCUCUUGGAUGCUGGUGCUCAUGUUGAAGGUUCUGCUGUGAACAGUGGAGAAGAAAACUAUGCUGAGACUCCACUUCAACUGGCUUCGGCAGCAGGCAACUAUGAGUUGGUCAGUUUGCUGCUAAGCAGAGGAGCAGAUCCUCUUUUGAGUAUGUUGGAAGCUAACGGGAUGUCCUCAUCACUUCAUGAAGAAAUGAACUGUUUUAGCCAUGCCGCUGCACAUGGACAUAGAAAUGUUCUCCGCAAGCUCCUAACUCAACCACAGCAGUCCAAGGCAGAUGUUCUGUCACUGGAAGAGAUUCUAGCAGAAGGUGUGGAAAGUGACACCUCCAGCCAAGGAAGUUCCAAUGAGGGCCAGGUUAAACUGUGUAAAACCCGGAUGAAGGCUUUACAGCAGGCCAUGUAUUACAGCGCUGAGCACGGCUAUGUUGACAUUACCAUGGAGCUCAGAGCACUUGGAAUCCCAUGGAAGCUCCACAUCUGGAUUGAGUCACUCCGGACAACAUUUUAUCAGUCUCGGUAUUCAGUGGUUCAGAAUCUCUUGCGGGAAUUUGUCACCAUCAAGGAAGAAGAGUACAAUGAAGAGCUGGUUCAUGAUGGGCUGCAGCUGAUGUUUGAAAUCCUCAGAACCAGCAAAAAUGACUCUAUCAACCAGCAGCUCGCAGUUAUUUUUGCUCACUGUUAUGGAAGCAGCCCCAUCCCCAGCAUUCCCGAAAUCAGAAAGACACUCCCAGCUCGACUAGAUCCUCACUUUUUAAAUAACAAAGAAAUGUCUGAUGUUACUUUUCUAGUGGAAGGAAAGUUGUUUUAUGCACAUAAAGUUCUUCUAGUUACGGCUUCAAACAGAUUUAAAGCACUGUUGACGAAUAAAUCAGAACACGACAUCCAAGGCAGUAAGACUGUGGAAAUUAGUGAUAUGAAAUACAGCAUCUUCAAGAUGCUGAUGCAGUAUUUAUAUUAUGGAGGAACAGAAUCUAUGGAAAUUGCUAUUACAGAUGUUUUAGAGUUACUUUCAGCUGCAAGCCUAUUCCAGUUGGAUGGCCUCCAGAGAUACUGUGAAAUACUAUGCUCUCAGACUAUCAGCAUCGAAAGCUGUGUUAACAUCUAUAAGUAUGCCAAGAUCCACAAUGCCCCAGAGCUGGUCUCUUUUUGUGAAGGCUUCUUCCUCAAGCACAUGAACUGCCUGCUGGAGCAGGAGCCUUUUAAGCAACUCAUCUAUGGUAGGAACAGUAAAGUCCAAGGCCUGGAUCUUCUACAGGACCUUCAAUCUACAUUGGCCAGCAGACUUCAAUCCAUUUACAUCACCUCCAGGGUGUGAUUGCCAAGAGGAAUUACAGACACCCCGCAGGGGGAAUCUGGGGAUUGUAUUCAAAGCACCUGCUCCUCUGAACUGCACUGAAAUGGGAA